GAGCCCGUGCCUGGGAGAGUCCCAGCGGAGCCGGCUUCUGGGAAGAGAAACUUGCGGCCGGGGGAGGCACGGGAGGCGCUCGGCACGGGCUCCUCGCCGCCACCCCCACCCGCGCCGCCCGCGCUCUCGGAAGCGCCCGGAGGAGGGUCUCGGGGUCCGGCCGGUCGCUGCCCGCGGGCCGUCCGAAGACGGGGCUCAUCCGGUGCGACAGCCCUGCCCCGCCCGGGGGGAGGGGCCGGGCCGGCCCGGGACCCAGAGGCCGCCGCCGCGCACCCGGAGAGGCUGCACCGCCGCCCCUCCCGUCCCCUCUCCGGCCUCCCGGGACCCGCAGCGACCCCAGCCCCCCCCUCCACCCCCGGGCCCUUCUCUGGACGCCUCCGUGUCCCCCGCGUCGGGCCUCCCUGGGUCCCGGCGCCCCGUCCUCCUGCCCACCGCUCCCACCUCGCGCAGGGCUCCCCGGGCCUCUCCCGGCCCGCGACCCCCUGCCCCGGGUCCCCGGAGCCGCCGCGGUCGGGCCCCCCGAGCCCCGCGGACAUGCUCGGGCUGCUGGCGCUGCUGCUCCUGCUGCUGCCGCCGCCCGCGCGCGCCCAGGAGCCCUCCGCGCAGGACGUGAGCCUGGGAGUGGACUGGCUGACCCGCUACGGCUACCUGCCACCACCCCACCCUGCCCAAGCACAGCUGCAGAGCCCUGCGAAGCUGAGGGAUGCUAUCAAGGUCAUGCAGAGGUUUGCCGGGCUGCCUGAGACGGGCCUCCUGGGGCUCAGGGAAGCAGGACCCCAGACCCCAGACCCCAGAUCCGAGCACCGCAGGGAGGCAGCAGUCCGUCCAGGGCCCGGUGAAGGCUGGGGCGCUGUCCUGAAGAGCUGUGUUGUCCUUUGGGACGAGCUGGCUUCCGGAACUGGGCAGCCUGCGUGCAGAUCCCAGCGGCGGCGGGGCCCUCUUGGGCCCGCGGUUCAGCCUCUCUGAGCCUGUUGGUCCGUGGAGAAGCGGCUGGGUCCGUGACUAGAGCCGGUGGUCCUCCUGCUGAUCCCCUUGCCCCGCAACCCCUCCCACAGACCCGGUGACCGUGGCCACCAUGCACAGGCCCCGCUGCUCCCUGCCUGAUGUGCUGGGGGCGGCAGAGCUGGUGAGACGACGUCGCCGGCGCCGGCGCUACGCCCUGAGCGGCAGCGUGUGGAAGAAGCGAACGCUGACCUGGAGGGUGCACUCCUUCCCCCAGAGCUCGGCACUGAGCCAGGAGAUGGUGAGGACCCUCAUGCACCACGCCUUGACCACCUGGGGCGUCGAGUCAGGCCUCAAAUUCCAGGAGGUGGGCUUUCAGAGCCCGACGGAGCCCGACAUCGUCAUUGACUUUGCCCGGGCGUACCACCAGGACAGUUACCCCUUCGACGGGCAGGGAGGGACCCUAGCCCACGCCUUCUUCCCCGGGGAGCACUCCAUCUCUGGGGACACGCACUUCGACAGCGAGGAGAUCUGGACUUACGGGGCAAAAGAUGGUGAGGGGACGGACCUGUUUGCUGUGGCUGUUCAUGAGUUUGGCCACGCCUUGGGCCUGGGCCACUCCUCGGCACCCGACUCAAUCAUGAGGCCCUUUUACCAGGGCCCGGUGGGCGACCCCCACAAGUACCGCCUGUCCCAGGACGACCGGGAAGGCCUACAGCAGCUCUAUGGGAAGGUGCCCCAGACCCCCUACGAUAAGCCCACAAGGAAACCCUUGGCUCCUCCUCCCCCACCCCCUGCCCUGCCCCCAGACAGCCCCUCUCUCCCCACCCCUGACCGAUGCGAAGGCAAUUUUGAUGCUAUCGCUAACAUCCGUGGUGAAACCUUUUUCUUCAAAGGCCCCUGGUUCUGGCGCGUUCAACCCUCGGGACAGCUGGUGUCGCCCCGGCCCGCCAGGCUCCACCGCUUCUGGGAGGGGCUGCCCGCCGGGGUGAAGGUCAUCCAGGCCGCCUACGCCCGGCCCCGGGACGGCGGCAUCCUCCUCUUCAGCGGCCCCCAGUUCUGGGUGUUCCAGGAGCGGCAGCUAGAGGGCGCCCCGCGGCCGCUCACGGAGCUGGGGCUGCCGGCCGGAGAGCAGGUGGACGCCGUGUUCUCGUGGCCGCUCAACGGGAAGACCUACCUGAUCCGGGGCGGGCGCUACUGGCGGUACGACGAGGCGGCCGCGCGCCCGGACCCCGGCUACCCCCGCGACCUGAGUCUUUGGGAAGGGGCGCCUCCCGCCCCCGACGAUGUCACCGUCAGCAACGCAGGUGACACCUACUUCUUCAAGGGCGCCCACUACUGGCGCUUUCCCAAGGGCAGCGUCAAGGCGGAGUCCGACUCCCCCCAACCCAUGGGCCCCAAGUGGCUGGACUGCCCGGCCCCCAGCGCCGACCCACGCGCCCCCAGGCCCCCCAAAGCCACCCGGGAGCCCGGAGCCUGCAAUUGUCAGUGCGAGAUCAAUCAGGCCUCAGGGCGGCCGUCGCUGUCCUUCCUGCUGUCCCUCCUACCCCCGCUGGUGGGGGGCGUCGCCUCCCGCUGAGGGGGACGGUCCCGGGGCGGGGCUCAUGUGGGUGGAGCUUCGCCCUGGGGGCGCGGACAAAUGGCUAGCCCUUAGACUGGACGGGCCAUGUGCCCACCCUCGCCGUUCCAGCACCCCCCCCUCACCCUCCCCCCCCCGCCCCCCCCCCCCACCGUUGUCCUGGCUGCGCCACGCGCUGCCGCUACAGGAAGCUCUUUUUCCCCCGGAAGAGCUGGUGCUUCUCAGCAGCCUGUGACUAUAGCCCUGGCCCCACCUGGCAACAGCGGUUCCUCAUAGCGGCUCCUGGCUGUUUGGGGCUUUAGAGGACUGGACUGAUUGGGGGCAACUGAACCCCAGCCCCUCUCUCCACCUGCUGCUCCGAAUUUCCCAGAAGAGUCCCACUGUCCUGCUUCUGCAACGUCCCAGGCAGUGCCACGUGGAUGGGGACCCCAGAUCCAGCCCUCAAGUUACCCCUGAGCACGAGUGUCCCAUAUCCUGGGUGACAUCAGUGCCCCAUGUCCUGGGUGACAUCAGUGGCCGCCCAGACGACCCUCCACAACCGAGGCCCCUGUCGACCUCCUUUCUGGUCACCAUCUUGGACCCAGAACAGUCCCGGUUCAACAGAAUGCCCUCCAAUCCCUAAAAAUCUGCUCAGUCCCUCCACACUGGAGUGUGUACCGCUUCCCUCAGGAAGAACUCUUGGGUUCUCCGCGGCUCAAUGCUGUGAAGAGGGUGGACUGAGUUCCCUCUCCAUCCAGGGGCCACUGCUUCCUCAGCACCCCUGGGUGAUGAGUGGGAGGGCCACCUCAUUCACCUCCCACUCCUCCCCGAAUUCAGGACCUACAUCAGUGCCUCUGGAACUGCACUUCUGGAAUCUUCCACAUCAGAAUCACCUAGGGAACUUAAAAAUGCGGAUCCCAUGCCCUCACCCUGAAUCACUUGGGGGCUGGGGCCAGGAGUCUGCACUCGAGUAAGCCUGGGGGAGCAGCCCUGAUGGGCGAGGGGGCCGGGACAACAGCUGUCAUCUCUGUCUUGUGGUUUUUCUGUGUCUCUGAAGUGUUCUCCCUCCCAGGGACCAACCUGAGCACAUUCUCUGCAGAAUCAGGUUGAUGGCCUUGCUCGAGUAGGAUCUAUCCCCUUUGGGUGGAGCCGUUUAGGGGCCACUUCCUGGCUUGCCAUCCGCCCACAGUGCUGCCUGGGGCUGAGGCUGCGGGCUGCUGUCCCAGCGUGCAGGGCCCUCGGUCAGGACAAGCUGACCGGUCGGAGGGCAACAGUCAGGUGUCUUCAGCCAACCCGUGACCUGAGAAUUCCAAGCCACCAGAAAACCCGAAGCCCGGGCCUCUGUCAGGAUCCUUUCAAAAUAUAUGGAGGAGGAAACUUAUAUUUUAAAAGCUUAUGAGCCCCCCACAGGAGGACAAUGAAAGUGACCCGAGAGAAAGCCCUUCAUGUCUCCUGAGCACAGCUGGAUCCGGGGUGAGUUUGGUGGCAGGAGCUUAACAGGCCUGAAUUGCUCUGUCUUGUAGAAGAACUUGGGAUUCAGAGUUGACAGGCAGUGGGGUGACAGACGGAAAGAGAAUGAGUGGGAGGAGGGAACAGAGAGAAACUCAAAAGUCGGCUAGGGGACCUCAGAGGAGGGCCAUCCAAUGUGAAAUCUGGGGCUUCUUUUAGUGCUACACAGAGACUUCUUCUCCAGCCUUUAAAAAUACAUUAAGGGUGCCUGGCUGGCUCGGUCAGAAAGCAUGUGACUCUUGAUCUCAGGGUUGUGGGUUUGGGUUUGAGCCCCACCUUGGGCACGGAGCCUACUUUAAAACAAAACACUUUGUGUGCGGCACCUGGCUGGUUCCGUUGGUGGAGCCUGAGGGUCUUGAUCUCAGGGUUGUGAGUUCCAGCCCCACAAUGAGUGUAGAUACUACUUAGAAGUAAAUCUUAGGGGGAAAAAUACAUACACACACACACACACACACACACACACACACACACACAUAUUCUUAAGUAUACUGCAGAAAAAUGCCAGGUCAAAUUGAUCACUUUUAUCGUUAAAAUGGUCCCAUAAUCAAAAUGUAAAAUAUUUGUGCUUCAAAGGACACCAUUAAAAAAAGGAAAAGACCACCCACAAAAUGGGAGAAAAUAUUUGCAAAGGACAUAUCUGAUGAGAGGCUCGUAUCCAGAAUAUAUAAAAUACUCUGACAACUUAAUAAGCAGAAGGUAAAUGACCCAAUUUAAAAACGGGUAAAGGAUCAGAAUGCACAUCCCUCCAAGGACAACGUACAAGUGGCCGACAAGCCCACGAAAAGAUGCUCGACGUCACUAGUCACAAGGGGAAUGAAAAUCAAAACCACACGGGGACGCUGUUUCACACCCGCCAGGGCGGCUAGAAUCAAAAACAUCAUAGUCGGCGUGGGCCAGGAUGUGGAGAAACGGACCAUCACGCGCUGCCGCUGGGGAUAGAAAAGGGCGCAGUAACUUUGGAAAAUCGUCCGGUGGUUCCUCAAAAAGUGGAAAACCUAGUCAGUUACCAUAGGAGCCAACAAUUCCCCUCCUAGGUGUGAACCCAAGAGACCUAAAAACAGACAUCCGCCCAGAAACUUGUACACGCGCGUCCACAGCAGCGUGAUUCGUUGGUAAGAGCCAAAAGGUGGAAACAACCCGAAUGUCCAUGGACAGACGCGUGGAUACGGGAAGUGGCACGUUCAUACAGCGGAGCGUUCUUUAGCCCUCGAAAGGACUGAAGCGCAGGUUCGCGCUACAACCCCGAGGAAUUGAAAGCCCCGUGCUAAGUGCAAAAGGCGGCCACUAAAGGUCACACAGCGUGACCAUCUCUAUGUGAUUCCGUGUAUAUGAAACAUCCAGACCAGGGAACUCCAGAGACAGAGAGCAGAUGCGUGGCUGCCUGGGCGGGGCUUUAGGAUCGGGGGGUGCUGGCUCGCCUUUCUGAGUCGACAAAAAUGUUCUGAAAUUGGCUGUGACGGGUGCACGGUUCUGUGCGUUGAAUUAUACGCUUCAGUGGGGGA